UAAGAUGAGUAUUUGACAUUACUGCAUAACCUUGUAACUGGGGAUUACCUCUUAGAUUUCAUUUCUCAAUAUCUGCAUGCUGCUUUUUUGGGGCAGUCGUCAGGAGCAUCAGCCCUGAUAACUGGAUUUUCCACAGCGAUGGUUAUUGAAUAAGAGGCUACUAUGAAGACGACAUUUGGCAAACCAGACCCUGGAAAGCUUCUACAAUCUUUUCAAUUCAUUUGAAACUUGUGACAACACCAUGCAUUGUUUCCGGUAAAACCCGCCCGCCGCUCUCCCCUCGUCCUACCCAGCCGUUGAGAGUGAGGACACCACAAGCUGCGCAGACAUGGGUUCGGAUCAACCCUGCUCGGAGUCCCUUGAGAGGAGGCCCACGUUGAGCGCCGCCUGCAAGCGGCAGGCCUACCGAUGUCUGCGGAAAAAGCUAAGGCCAUUGCGAAUCGUAGGGUUUGCCCUCAGCCUGGUGGCCUUAAGUGCUUUCUCCGUCAGUGCCUUGACCUGGAGCUCAGGGGGUUUCAGUGAGCCAGUUCUCUCCCAGGAGAGUCUCCGCCACUCGGUCCCCCACAGGACUCUACUUUUCAGCCAACAUCGGAGGGACGCCAAUGUGUCAGCCGACAUGCCGAUAGCCAUGAAAUCUACGUCAAAUAACACCGAGGGCCACGGGGAUUACCCGCCCGACCUCUUCACCCUUGCGGAGAGACGCAAAGGAGCAGUGGUCCUCCACAUGUUCGGCAUGAUCUACAUGUUCAUUGCCUUAGCCAUAGUGUGCGACGAGUUCUUUGUCCCAGCACUGACGGUGAUCACGGAGAAGUUGACCAUUUCGGAUGACGUCGCGGGCGCCACCUUCAUGGCGGCAGGCGGCUCCGCCCCGGAGCUCUUCACCUCCAUCAUUGGCGUCUUCAUCUCGCACAGCAACGUGGGCAUCGGCACCAUCGUGGGCUCGGCCGUCUUCAACAUCCUCUUCGUGAUUGGGAUGUGUGCCAUCUUCUCCAAGGAGAUCCUCAACCUCACGUGGUGGCCACUCUUCCGUGACGUCUCCUUCUACAUACUGGAUCUGAUCAUGCUCAUCAUCUUCUUCCUGGAUAACAUCAUCUCCAUGUGGGAAAGUAUCACGCUGCUCUCAGCCUACGCCGCCUAUGUUAUCUUCAUGAAGUGCAACAGCAGUGUUGAGAGAUUCGUCAAGAACUGCAUGAACAAGAACCAAGUGGUUGAAGUAGAAGCGCAGCCCAAGGAUGAGAAGGCAAUUCCUACGACCCCAGAAGAUGACAGCAAGUUGUCGGCCAGGCCUCGGCUUCAGAGGGGAGGCAGUUCCGCCUCCCUGCACAACAGCUUGAUGAGGAACAGCAUUUUCCAGCUGAUGAUUCACACGCUGGACCCUUUGAGUGAAGAAUUUGCUGACUCUGGUAAAUUUCGAGAGAAGGCGUCCAUCCUUCAUAAGAUCGCUAAAAAGAAAUGCCAAGUGGAGGACAGUGAGAAGGCCAAUGGAGUAGCAAGCCGUUCAGAUAAGAACCUUCCAAACAGCUCCAGCGUGGAAGUGGAAGUGACGCCACCCAUGAACGGAACAGCAGGCCAAGAGGGGGAGACGGCUGAAGAGGAGGAGGAGGAUGACCAGCCUCUGAGCCUGUCCUGGCCCGAUUCCAACCGCAAGCGCCUCACCUACCUCUUAAUCAUCCCCAUCGUCCUCCCCCUGUGGAUAACGCUGCCUGACGUCAGGAAGACGGCAUCAAAGAAAUUCUUCCCAAUCACCUUCUUGGGUGCGAUCACCUGGAUUGCAAUCUUCUCCUACCUGAUGGUGUGGUGGGCUCACCAGGUUGGACAGACCAUUGGGAUUACAGAGGAGAUUAUGGGCCUGACUAUAUUAGCAGCUGGAACCUCCAUCCCUGACCUCAUCACCAGUGUUAUUGUGGCACGCAAGGGACUGGGCGACAUGGCUGUCUCCAGCUCCGUGGGCUCCAACAUCUUCGACAUUACCGUUGGACUGCCGUUCCCCUGGCUCAUGUGGUCCUUUAUCAACGGCCUGCAACCAGUGGAAGUCAGCUCCAACGGCCUCUUCUGUGCAAUCGUGCUCCUCUUCAUCAUGCUCCUCUUCGUCAUCAUCUCCAUCGCCGCCUGCAAGUGGCGCAUGAGCAAACUGCUCGGCUUCAUCAUGUUCAUGCUGUAUUUCGUCUUCCUGGUGGUCAGCGUCAUGCUGGAAGACAAGGUCAUCACCUGUCCCGUGUCCAUUUGAGGACCUCGGAGGACCUGCUUCCUCCCCCCGCCCCCUCGUCACCACCACAACAACCACGACCACCACCAACAACACGACCAUCCGUAAUAUCCGCCAUCGCUUUUACCUGACCCUUGUGAUCCUUUACCCCAGGAACAAAAGAAGAAAAAGGAGGUCCGGAGAAGGGAAUAAUGUAAAAGAUGUAUGAAAUCUACUGAUAUUUUCAGCUAGCGAGGAUGAUGGGGAGGGGAUGAACCAACGAGGGCACAAGACUUUGGCUUGGCUGGUUUAGCGUAGGCCUAACUCGAGUGAAUUUAUAUUUAUUAUUAUUAUUAUUGAAUUGGAACGGCGAAGGGGGGGGGGGGGGGGGGGGUAUGGGUGUCCUAACCAAAUAUUGAAGCAUUAUGCAUGCCAUUUAGUGUCACAGGAUCCGCUGGAAUCAAGGCCGCCCCUGCGAGGUUGAGGAGAAUGACCUCCUGUGAACUUUGGGGUGAAGAACAAGGGAUGCGCAGUGUGGAACUCCUCUUGUUGUGAAUGCAGUGGCCGAGCUGGAAUUGUGGGCAUAUUUGAACACACAUUUUGCAACGGACUAAGAAGCUAUCGCCAAGCGUGAACAGGAGAUUGUGGAUGAGUAAAUUGCCGACUGUGUGGGUGAAAGGUGUUUCCUGUGUGACGGAGUUGAGCGAAAAGACUCCCGAGUGGGCUUUGCGCCCGAGCAGCGAGGGAUGAAACACUCCCGCUGGGCAGACAAACUUCUCCGUUGUCAUUUCUUAUUUGCAAAUUCAUCAUGUUCUCAGCCUGAAUGACGAGUUUAAGCCCCCCUCCCCUCUUCCCCGCCCCCCUCCGCCGGAUGUCAUCCUUCGCCGCUGAAUGUUUUUCCAGAGGAUUCUUUUUUUUUUUCAUUUUCAUGAAAUGUAAGAAGUAGCAUUAGUACUGUAGCAGUAUUAGGUAAUGUAGAGGCAUCUCCACGGUUCUUUCCUCCUUCGUUCUUCUGUCGCUGAACACACGUUCUGGUUGUGCAGAACUUCUCAUGCUUCACACGCACCACCUGACAAAGGCAAGAAAAAAAAAGGCCUAAUUUGAAGUUUAGCCUCAUAAUAUAUGCUAGCCUUCAAUAUCUUUCACUGGUUGAAAAAAAAAAAAAAAGGCAUGAGUACUUUCGGCUCCUUAACGUUCCGUAACAAAGUCAAUGUCAAAAUAAUACAUUUGAAAAAAAAAAAGAACUUAACAGUGUUUAAGUGUAAUGGUUGAUUUAGAUUAGUCAAUGUGUAGUGCUUUGUUCACAGUAGAACUGGGCUCAACUCACCGGCUAGUCAAACUCCUGAGGUAGUAGUUUCAAGGAGUCAACUGCAUGCAAAAAUAGACACUCUGAGGUGAAUAAUACCAACCAACAUUUAAGAAGUUGUAUACCAAAAUGUAUACUUUUUUCAAACCUGUUUCAUAACUCCUUAAAGCAAACCAGUGCUCAGUAUCUAUGUAGAAAGUGUCGACAUGUAUGGUCAAUGAUAUCUCUCGAACUUGUGCAAUUUAUUUUCUAAUCAAAGGUGCUUUUGUGUGCAUGUGUGCAAUCUGCAUUUGAAGUCAUCACACAAUGACCAUUCCCUAUAUGUAUCUAUGAAUAUAGAUUAUACCACCAGUAUUUGCAAAAAAGAAGAAGAAAAAGAACACAAUGUGUGUUUUGUACUGAAAAUAUAAAUCAUAAUCACAAUCUCUCCUUAAGCUACAUAGAAUGUGGAAAUCACAAAUUUAACAGCAAUAUACGGUGUGUCGUUGAGAACCGCAACACCUCCCCUCCCCACCCAUGCGUCUGUCCCCCGCUGCCCUCCCUGUCCGACGUGCUCCAACUCCGCACGAGGAGAAGGCGGGCGACCGCUUCUCCCAAAACUCCCCCCAUCCUGUUAGAGCUGGCCAGAAACACCCGCUUUACCUCAACACAGCCUCUGUACAGCAGCGUAGUAACUGUAAAAUAAGGUAUAUAGACUCUCUGGACGUGUGAGGAAAAAUGCAUGCGAGGAAUUUGGGCUGGUUACCCACUGACUGUACAGCUGAGCUUAGACCAACUAUAUAUGUCCACUUGUAUGCAUCCACUCAGAAAGAAACACCAAGUACGUAUUGGUUAUACUUUGUAAAUAUGCAUUUCUGUUUUUGCAAGAACAAAAUGGUUCACACGUGUAUUAUAUUUAUUUUCUCUUUCUUUUUUGUAACAAUGGAUGGAAAAGGUCAAGGAUAUGCUGCUGGAGGCCCUAAAGUACCUUAGUAUUAUUGAGCAAAAAUACAACUGGAAAGCAUUUAUUUAUUUUUUGACUACUUAACAUCUCAUUAGCACGAGCACAUUUUACACUAAACAUUAAAUUAAAUGCCCUAUUGCUUCCUCGAGUUCAACCACAGUUAUUUACUGUCAAAGGACAAUGCAACAGAAAACUAGAUCCAAACUCACGUGAAACCGCUAAAUAUUUCAGGCCUUCUCCUGCGCACAUCUGCCGUUAAACGUCUUGCCUCAGAUCCCCCACGCUCACACAUGGUCGCACCUCAUCAGUGGCUCCUACUCGCCGCCGCUCGUGCCGAGAGUUAGAUGGUAAGACGGACGGCAACUUAAGUGGUACCUUAAAGCCAAAGGUUUGUCUGUCGCUGCUUCAUUUCAACUGGAGAGACUUAAGGGUGGUGCCAUCUCGUCCGACUCGCAGUAAGAAAGCUCUUAACUCCACAUUUGUUUUUGCUUCAACAGAUCUGAGGUCAUUUUUCUUACCACCACGGUCACAUACUGUAAGUUUCUCUUCCAAUGCGAAAACCACCGCUGUGAAGACACAACGUUUUUUUUUUUCUUUCUCCGGUGUUUCAGACCAUGAAAGGAGGAAGGAAAAAACUAAAGGAAAAAACAAAAGGCAAAUCAGUUUAGCGUGUUCGCUUGGCUUUGAUUUUAAUUUACCAGGGUAAGCGACAGUGAAAGUUGACCUCCCAAUGAACAUUCUUGCACUGUAAAUGUUUUCAUUUUCUUGGUGUUAAUGUAAGAUUUAUUUAAGGUGUACAUAUAUACAGAUACAAAUUAACCAUAUAAUCUAUAUGUGUAAAAGAAAUAUGUCUCUUUAUGUAAAAACACAAAGUAUAUAAUAAAACAAAUAAAGAUUAUUCAAAUAUGCAACUA